AUGCAAUCAAAUUCAACCUUCUCGAGCCCCUCGGUACCCCAUCCCAGUCCAUUAGCACUCUACCAUGCCCUCUGGCAGCAGCAGGACCAUUCUGUCGUGAAACAAGGAUUGAAGUGCAAAGUUUUUGACAUGGAGGGCCGUCUCCGCCACCUUACCUACGACGCCAUUGAUCUAUCUAGACAUCUUGGUAUCAAGUUGCCAAGCGGUGCAACCUGCAUGUUCAUCCGCCCAAUGUACAAGUCCCUCUUUCAUAAGAUUACCAGGACCGAGAAAAUUUUCGUCGUUCAUGGGCAAGCUGGUAUAGUUAAGUCAACAUCCUUCCGGACACGCCCUCAAUACAGCCAAUUGCCUUUAGGGAAAACGCAUUUCCUAGCUUACAUCCUAGUCAGGUGGUUUCUCGCUCGCCAGCCAGUGAUUUACCAGAUCGAUGAACUAGAGUCAUGCGUCCUGUGCUUCAUUGCCGACGGCUUCUUCACUCUUCCAUUGGAGAACAGCGAGAAUCACCCCCUGUUCCAACGCGAAGAUGUGUUGCACCUCGUCGAGAGCGCGCAUGGAGACUCCAUCACGCACCCGAACACCGACCACGCUCGGGCGCUGAUACGGGGCGCGUGCGACAAGGCCAUCUUCACCAAGUUCUAG